AAGCAGAAACUACCGGUGUUUUGGGUGUGGGUCAAGUUGAUGAUGAUGAAAAAGGAUACAUGUCAGAUGAAGACAAUGAAGGUUUUCGAACUGUUAUUGGACCAGAAACAAAAUCAAAGAAAAUAGUUGGUUCGCAAGACGUGCAAAAAGUAACUCCACACGAUAUAGAUGCUUUCUGGCUUCAACGUUUAGUUUCAAAUUAUUAUUCUGAUCCACAUACAGCCCAAGACAAAACAGCAAAAACUUUACAAAUUCUUGAGUCGGGAAUUAAUACGCGAGAUUGUGAAAAUGAGUUAAUGAACUUAUUUGAUUAUGACAAAUUCGAUCUUGUUAAAGUUUUAACUAGAAAUAGAGAAUUAAUUUUAUGGUGUACAAAACUCGCUAAAGCUGGUAAUGAGGGUAUAGAACGACAAAAUGUCGAACGUGAAAUGCGUGAACGUGGAUUAGAAUGGAUCCUUAAAGACCUUGGUGGCGAAAGAAUUCGUCGAGGUGAAGGUGCUGCACGAAAAGGUGUAGUCGAAGAUGCAAUGGAAAUUGAUGAAAAACCAGCUAUUGCGCAUG